CCACAAAAGUUAACGGGAAAUUUUUUUUUAAAUAAAUAGAUACAUAAGAACAAUAGCAAAAGUGGUCAUGCACAAUACUUACUAGACAUUACACAACUCGGUAGCAAUCAACAAAAAGAUACAUUUUUAAUGAGCGCUGCAAAACUGCAUGGCAUUAAUGACGCAUUGUUCCAAGCACAUUUUGAAUCGAAACCAAAGCAAGUACAUAUGUAUAUACAAUAUAUAUAUAUAGUCAUGUAUAUAUACGGACAGACCUACAGAUAUACAUGUAUGCCAAGUAAAAUACAGACAUAAGCAUUCUUAAGCAGAGCAAAGACAGGAAACAAAAGGCCAUUUAUUGCAUCACCAACAAGAGAAUAAAAACAAAAGCAGAAAACAACUCAACACAAAAACAAAACAUGUAUUUUUAAGAUUGUACAUAGAUCUAGACAACUACGCUUAUAAUGACAACUAUAAUUCAUACUGAAACACUUAUUUAAACAACAAACACGAUUCUUACACGAGUCAGAGAGAUUUUUGAAAUGAACACCGUGCAAUACUAAUUAAUAAAUUAGUUUUAAAAAAAACCAAAAAAAAAUAUAUAAAAAAAAUCACAAAAAAAUAAAAACCCAAACACACACAGAAGCAACUAGAAAAUUAUUAGAGACGCCAAAGAUAUCCAAAUUACGGUCAAAGUGCGGAUGAUCGAGCAAAGUGAAACAUUCUACAAGAGAGUUGCAGUAGCGUGAGAAGGGGAGUACAAAAGAUAGAGAGACCGAAACACGUAACCGUUACACCAGUAGCGAGUGUUGUCAAAAUGCAUAUUGAAAUACAAGUGGCUUUAAAUUUUGUCAUAUCCUAUCUGUAUAACAAAUUGCCACGCCGUCGAGUAAAUAUAUUUGGUGAGGAAUUAGAGAAAGCACUGCGUGACAAAUUCCAAGGACACUGGUAUCCGGAGAAACCCUUCAAGGGCUCCGCGUAUCGCUGCCUCAAAACCGGAGACCCCAUUGAUUCGGUUUUGGAACGUGCAGCACGUGAAAGUGGCGUACCAAUAAGCGACAUACUUGAGAAUCUGCCCAAUGAGCUAUCUGUGUGGGUCGAUCCAGGUGAAGUGUCCUAUCGCAUUGGCGAGAAGGGAGCAGUAAAGAUACUCUACACGGAGAAUAAUGAGAAUCAUGAGGACAGCACCUCGGCAGAUCGUGAGGUUACGAAGACCUUCAAUCCUGAGGCUCAAUGCUUUCGGCCCAUCGAUGCAGUGAACACCACCAUGAACAACCUGAGCUUAAGCCCGAAAGCAGCACUCCCCAAAGCAGUAGGCUCUUCACCCCACUCGGCCUCAUCGAGCUCGCCCACCUACAAGGGCAGUCCCAAUCCUACGAGUGGCACCACCGUCGCCUCCGGCAACAACUCGUCCGCAUUCUUACAGCGCGCUGCUCAGGCACCCUUGACCUUUACAACCGCUACCUUUGCCCAGACCAAAUUCGGCAGCACCAAGCUGAAGACCAGCUCGAAGCGUACCAACAGCAGCUCCUACCGCAUGUCGCCCACUGAGUUCUCGAACUAUAUUAAACAACGUGCCAUGCAACAACAGCUACAUCAUGGCCAUGGUGUCAACUCGUCGGCAUUUGGCUCCCUGGGCGCAGUCUCGCCUGCACGCUCAAUAUCUCCCAAUCCGCUCUCCUUGGGGCUCAAUCAGACAGCGGCUGCUGCUGCGGCAACGGCUGCCCCCGAAUCUUUCUACUAUCCGAAUAUUGCAAUGGGACUCUAUCCACCGUUCAAUGCGGGACAACAGCGCAGUCUCUACGAAGGGCAUUUUAAUGGCUCAGAUGCUAAUGCCGCUGGAAUGUUUGCUGCCAAUAAUCCGGCGGUUGCAGCUAAUAACAAGUUUAGUACUUAUCUGGAGCCGUGCUUUUAUCCCAAUGCCAAUGGCCCUGCAACUGCAACACCAGGCACUCCGAUGGCUACAAGACUCAGUCAGCAGCAGCAACAACAGGGACAGCAAAACAUAAGCAAUAUGGCGCGUGCCAACAGUAACGACAGCAACUUUGGACUGGAGAUCGAUGCUGGCACUAUUGGCGCCGCCACCACGAACAUUAAUAACUCAAAUGUUACGGCCGAGGACAUUGCCUUAAAUAUCCGUGAAAUGAAUCCUACCGAAUCCUCAGCAGAUAGCAGCCCCAUUGCCACGCCCACUGUUUGCGUUGUUCCUACAUUAACGGCUGCUGCAGCUGCUGCUGCUGCCGCUGCCGCCGCCUCCACUGCUACCACUUCAUCAUCAUCAUCUGGUUCGGCCUCUGCCGGAAGCAGCAUCAGCAGCAGCAGCAACGGCAGCAGCGGCAACGAAGACUCUUCUGGAUCAGCGUCCUCCUCCUCCGCAGCCGCUGCCGCCGCCAGCAACAACAAACUCAUCGAUGGUCUCAAUUCAUUCUAUGGCAGUGGAUCCUCCUAUCAGCAACUUUUAGUCGCCAAUUAAAUGCAGCUGCAACUCCCUGCAAUGGAAUAGAGACAACAACAGGAAAAGCAACAAUUACAACAAACGAUAGAAAUGCAACUCGAAAUCUGUUGAAGCUAAUAACGAUAGAUCAGAAGAAGCCAUUACCACCUAAAACCAAAACUAGCUAGUGUUAUACAUAUGUAUGUACGUUGUAUUAGUUGCCGACCUAAUAAUUGUUAUUCUACUUUUUAGAACAUUUGUACUAUGCAUACGGCAUAC